AUAUAUGAAUACAGUGACAUAUAACAAUGAACCCCACUAACAGAUGCCAUGAGUGAGAGAAUUAGUUCUUUACGAGAAACUAUGGAGAAAAAUGAGGAGAUUGAUACAGCAGAUGAACCUGAAGUUAACUACAGAGGAGUGAAAGCCAUGCCCUAUAUCAUAGGGAAUGAGACAUUUGAGAAGCUGGGAGCCAUUGGAACCUUGUCUAACCUCUUGGUCUACGUAACUGUUGUCUUCAACAUGAAGAGUAUCACUGCUACAACUCUUAUCAAUAUCUUCAAUGGCACCACCAACUUUGCUACCUUGCCAGGAGCUUUCCUCUCUGAUACAUAUUUUGGUCGAUAUAAAACCUUGGGUUUCGCUUCAAUAGCCUCUUUCAUGGGCUUGCUUGUAAUAGCACUUACGGCUGCAAUACCAAACCUGCAUCCUCCUGAAUGUGGAAAAGCAAGCAGAUGCAUUGGGGCAACGGCUUGGCAAAUGGCUUUUCUGCUUACUGGUUUUGGACUGCUAGUGAUAGGAGCCGGUGGCAUCCGUCCAUGUAACUUGGCCUUUGGAGCUGAUCAAUUCAAUCCCAAAACUGAAUCUGGGAAGAGGGGAAUCGACAGCUUUUUCAAUUGGUACUUCUUCACCUUAACUUUUGCCCAGAUGGUAUCACUAACAGCCAUUGUUUAUGUGCAAUCCAAAGUGAGCUGGGGUAUCGGUCUAGGUAUUCCUGCACUUCUAAUGUUGUUAUCAUGUGUAGUCUUCUUCAUGGGUACAAAAAUAUAUGUGAAAGUCAAACCCACAGGUAGUCCCAUUACUAGUGUGGCGCAGGUCAUAGUGGUCGCAGUCAAGAAGAGGCGAUUAAAGCUACCAGAGCAACCUUGGCUCUCCCUUUUCAGCUAUAUUCCCCCCAAUUCUAUCAACUCCAAGCUUCCUUACACAGAUCAAUUCAGAUUUCUAGACAAAGCAGCAGUACUUAGCCCUGAAGACCAAAUCAACCCAGAUGGAUCAGCAGCUUAUCCAUGGAGGCUUUGCAGCAUGCAACAAGUGGAAGAAGUAAAAUGCAUAAUGAGGGUGAUACCCAUAUGGUCCUCAGCGAUUAUAUACCAUUGUGCUAUUGUCCAACAGCAAACUUAUGCAGUCUUCCAAGCCCUUCAAUCCAAUAGGUAUCUUGGCAACAGCAAGUUCCAGAUCCCUGCUGCAUCUUACACAGUCUUCUCCAUGCUAAGCCUCACUAUCUGGGUACCUAUCUAUGACCGAAUUGUCGUCCCUUUCCUACGAAGAAUCACCGGAAAAGAAGCCGGAAUCACAAUUCUUCAAAGGAUAGGCAUCGGCAUAUUUCUCUCCGUACUCACAUCUCUUGUAUCUGCCUUAGUUGAAGAGUGGAGAAGGAUAAGGCCAAUAAUAGGAGUAGAUCCAAGAAGAGGUGGUAUUUCAUCCAUGUCAGGCUUCUGGUUGAUUCCUCAGCUCACGCUAGCUGGACUAGCAGAAGCAUUUACUGCCAUUGGGCAAGUCGAAUUCUACUACAAGCAGUUCCCAGAAAACAUGAGAAGCAUAGCAGGCUCCUUCUUCUUUUGCGGCAUGGCAGCAUCGAGUUAUGUGAGUGGUCUCUUGGUAUCAAUAGUUCACCGGACAACAGCUGGGGCAGGAACUGGAAACUGGCUGCCAGAAGACCUUAACAAGGGUAGAUUAGAUUACUUCUAUUACCUAGUUGCCUCUUUGGGGGUUAUAAAUUUAGUCUACUUUCUAGUAUGUGCUAAGUGGUAUACAUACAAAGGAAGUACCAGCAGCACCCUUGACUCCAACAUGAUGGUAGACAUGAAAUCCGAAAAGCCAUCUGUCUGAGCAUCAGGUUCAUCCAAAAUCACAUCCAAUGAAGGCUAUAUAAGACCAUAUUUUUCAAAGUUUAGUAUGCCCAUUGCUUGUAGAUUGGAAGUUUGAAGAUGAAUCAUUUGGAGAGAAACAAGCAGAAUAUGAAUAACUGCUACACACAGUUACUGAGAGAGAAUGAAGUAACUUCUAGUUGAUGAUCUUUUAAUUCAUGCAACUAACAUGGCCUUUGUUGUUGUUUAUAUGCAUUCCUAGUUCGACUUCUUGAUCAA